AUGGCGGAACCGCCGCCGCCGCCCCUCCCGCAUCUGUUCCCGCUGGCCGGAGGUCCUCCUCUCGUGGUCGUCUCUCCAUCCACCGGCCCUUCCGCCCCCUGCCCUCCAGCUGCUGCUCCCGCUGGUGGUCCUCCAGCUGCUGCUUCGGCCACAGCCGGCCCUCCAUCUGCUGCUCCAGCCGCCAGCGGCCCUCCAGCUGUUGCUCCCUCCGCCGCCGGCCCUGCAGCUGGGGAUCUUGCCGCCAUUGGCCCUGCAGCACCAGAUCUCGGAGCCGCCGGCCCUGCAGCUGCGAAUCCAGCCGUCGGCGCCCCUACAGGUGCUUCUCCAGCCGCCGGCCCUGCAGAUGCUGCUCCAGCCACCGCCGCCCCUGCACUGUCUACUGCUGCCUCAUCCCCAGCAGCCGGCGCCCCUACAGCCGAUGGACCUUCUGUUCCAGCUGGUGAGGAUGUUGCUUCUUCAGCAUCUGCUCAAUCCCCGCGACGAAUUGCUGCAGUAAGGAUGGACCAGGCAUCAACAUGUGUGCUAGAAGUUAGGAUAUGUAGCAGUCGCCGUAACUUCAGUGGAGGUUUUUCCUUCAGUUGGAGCAUUGAUUUGCAUGCUAUCACUACUAUGAAGGGGUUUCUAGAUGCUAUUUCUGCACAGUACUCUUGGGUUGUGUGGUCUGAUGAUGAAACUAUCAUUGUAGAAUGGUUUGAUAGUAUUAGUGAGAAAUACAAACCUGUUGCAAAUGAUGAAGAGUUGAUGACAAUGUUUGAGUGUUUUAAGCAAGUUAGACAUGGCAAAGUAGCACUUAAAGUUUUAAAUGAACAUGAAAAAAGGGAUGAGUUAAAUGCUGAUAUGCCAUCUACUCCUUCACAUGCAACACCUUCUCUAGCACUGCCUAGUCAGCCAAGUAAUGUCAGUGAAGAAACUGAAGAACCUACGGAUACAUAUCUAGCGAAUCCACACGAGGAAUAUGAACAUGUAGGUGUUGAUGAGGAAGACCAGUACUCAAUUGGUAGUGCUUGCCCGGAUUCCGAUAGUAGUGAGGAUGAGCUUGAUAAUGUUGUAGUUGAUGUGGACGGUGUUGAGGACAGCAGUGAUGAUGAGGAGUGGAUUGUAGAAGAUGCUAUACCGGAUGAUGCUCCUCCGGAAGUAGCGCAUAACAUGGAAGACCCACCCAUGGCUGUGGGCACUAUAUACCCGAAUAUUGAAGUGUUUAGAUUGGCAAUUGCUCAAUACUCUAUUAAGCGUGAAUUUGAGUACAAAAUUGAAAAAUCUGAACCUACUCGAUUCAGAGCUAAAUGUGGACAAAAAGGAUGCAAAUGGAGAAUACAUGUCGGUACAAUUGAUGACGGUGUCACUAUGGAGGUGAAAAUCCAUGAUGAAGAACAUAAUUGUCACAGCACAAGAAAAAGUGAUAACCCAAAGGCUGCUUCGAAGUCUUGGAUAUGUUCCAAGGUAAUUGAUUGGGUAAAAGAAGAUCCUAGUGUGACAUCAAUGGAGCUACGAAGGAGGUUGCAUGACAAGUACAAGAUUUGGAUCCGUUAUGACAAAGUUUACCGUGGAAGAGAGCUAGCAUCGAUGAGGUUGUUUGGAAAUUGGGAUGAUUCAUUUGACAAGUUAUAUGCUUGGAAAGCUGAAGUUGAAAAGAGAUCUCCUGGAAGCAUAGUGGCCAUUGAUCACAUGGAGUACAAAGGGAAAAAAAGGUUUGUGAGGAUGUUUGUUACAUUCAAGCCUUUGUGUGAUGGGUUUUUGGCCGGUUGCCGACCAUACUUGGCAAUUGAUAGUACUCAUUUGACUGGGAAGUAUAGAGGUCAGCUAGCAAUUGCUUGUGCUGUUGAUGGGCACAAUUGGUUGUACCCUGUUGCUUAUGCAAUUAUUGACUCGGAAACAACAGAAAGUUGGGAUUGGUUCAUGGAGAAGCUUCAUCAAGCUAUUGGUUGUCCACCUGGACUUGCAAUCUGUUCGGAUGCAGGAAAAGGGAUUGAUAGUGCAAUUGAAGAGGUGUAUAAGUAUGCUGAACAUAGGGAAUGCAUGCGCCACUUGGUUGUCAACUUUAAGAAAAAAUUUCAUGGUAAAGUAUUUGAUGACCAUAUGUGGCCAGCAGCUUAUUCAUGGACUCCAGAAGCUUUCGAAGCCCACAUGGCAGCCAUACAUGAGAAAAAACCUAAAGCAAUAGAGUACUUGACAAGAUACCAUAGUAGGCUUUGGUCCAGGAGCAAAUUUUCCACUUCCUCAAAGGUGGAUUAUGUGACAAACAAUCUGGCCGAGUGCUUCAACAACUGGAUUAACAAGCACAAGGGCAUGAUGUUGUUUCAGUUGGUGGACAAAAUUAGAAGGAAGAUAUUAGUCAAGAUGGAGAAGAGGAGGAGGAUUGCCAAAAAAUUGGAAGGCCAUCGUAUACUACCUAGUGUCAUGAAGGAGUUGAAUGCAAAGAGUAGAGGGUUGGACAUAGAGUAUGAGAGGAUUGACCACAUGAAAGCAGAGGUGAGUGAGGGUGGUGAAGAUGGCAAGCGACAUGUUGUGGAUCUGGACAUGAGGACAUGCACAUGUAGAGAAUUCCAAGUAUCAGGGAAGCCUUGCAAGCAUGCCAUUUCCUGCAUCACCGGAAUUAGAGGGGUCACUAUAGAAGACUUUGUUGAUGAUUACUAUAGUGUUGCCAAGUUCGCAGCAGCAUAUACUCCUGUAAUGCCGGGGCUUACUGAUGCAUCUCAAUGGCCAAAGAAAACCCAUGAAUUCUUUUUGCACCCUCCAAUCCUUCGAAGGGCUCCUGGGAGGCCAAAAGUAGAGAGGCACAAGAGUGGUGCUGAGCAUAGCAAGAGCAAGAGAAGAAAAGGACAACAUCAGUGCCCAAUUUGCAAAGACUAUGGUCAUAGAUGGCAAGGUUGCAAAAAUGCUGAUCCAGAUGCAAAAGAAGCGUAUGCUGAUGUGGCAAAAGAAAGAAGGUAAGAGUGUAAUUUUGUUAAAAUUAUCAUGCAUAUAACAAUGCUAAUGUUCUUUUGGUCAUGUAGGAAAAAAAGAAAUAAAUCCAAAGUUGCAGCAAGGAGUGGUGACCCUAAUAUUCAAGCAAUCGAAGGUACCCAACCAACGUUGCCUCUUCCAUGUUCAACUACCAACCCAAGUGAAGUAGAUGUGGUGAAGUCAACAUCAUCUAAGACUACAUCAUCUAAAUCUGUGAGGUCCAAAACCGGUUCGAACCAAAUUGAGAGCACCUCAAUGGAAAUUGCGUCAACACCAAAGCGGCGCAAGGGCAAGUCGAAGGCAAAGGUGAUCCCAGCUGCAGCGGACAGCCCCGCAAUGGCCACUCGAAGCAAGAAAAGGCAACCAAACAGCCCUGCGAUGGCCACUCGUAGCAAGAAAAAACUGAAAGUGUGAACUUGUUUCUUUCUAUGACAUUUGUGGACUUGUUUUCUUGCACUGGACAUUGGUCUCUUUUGUGCAUUUCAAUUUCUUGUACUGGACAUUGGUCUCUUUCGUGCACUUCAGUUUCUUGUACUGGAAUAUGAGUACCAUGUCUAUUUCUCCUGUUUACUAUCCUCAUUAUGUGUUAUGAUGCAAAUAUAUUAUUGUCAUGUUUAUAACUGUUUGAUCCUGAAAUUACAAGCAAGGUGCUGCCAAUUUUUUUAUAGAGAAAUAUGUUAUCUUAAUAUUUGUUAUUCUCAUGCAAGCUAGCUCCAGCAAGGUGCUACCUUUUAUCCUUGUUAUGUGUUAUGAUGAAAAUACUAUAUUGUUCUCAUAAAUUGUUUGAUCUAUAAUUACAAGCAAGGUGUUGCCAAUUUAUUUUACAGAAAUAUGUAAUCUCAAUAUGUUAUGAUAAUUUGAACAGAAGUGCUUCAACAUGGUUAAAAGGAACAAUAGGUAAGGUUGCUCAUUUGCCAUUGAGGGUAAAAUCGUCAUUUUGCUUACUUUAACAGAAGUGGCUAACACCAAGUAAACGGCUGAUGGCAAAUUAGCAACGAAACAAGCUUGUAAGCGGUACAAGAGCAACGCUAGUUUGUUCGAUGGCAAAUGAGCAAUGACCGAGCUUGUCAAUGGUAAAUAAGCAAUUGUCUCAAUUGCAUGCCAUGGCAUAUUGGCAUGGCACGCGCGCACGACAAUGACAGAGA